AUGAGAAAACAGCAGAAGCAUGUCUCAAAGACGGCGAAUCCCAAAACUCGAUCAGUUGAAAAUUCAGAGUCGAUCCCAGCUGAUCUCAUCUUUGAGAUUUCCUCGAGGCUAACCGCAAAAUCUCUAUCGAGAUUUCGUUGCCUGUCCAAGGAAUGGGCUUCUAUUUUCUGUAGUAGAAACUUCGCACAUUCGUUCUUGACGAGGUCUUCCGCACGUCCGCGUCUCUUGUUCACGUUCCAUGUUGACGGUAAGUUGUUUUCCUAUUCGGCACCUCAACCUCGAAAUCCAGACCAGGACUUAUCUCAUGUAGUUGUCGAUAAUCAUAUGCCUAUCCCGACCAGAAUGGGGUCCUUUCUGAUACAUAGCCCUGUCAGUGGCUUGAUUUGUCCUAGUGAAUUGUGGUCAAAACGUGGAUGUAAUGAUUCAAAGAUGAUGAUGAUGAUAUGUAACCCUAGCGCAGGACAGUUCAAAAAAUUACCUGCAGCGAGAACAAGAAGGGUUCAUGUGAGAACCUACUUAGGGUAUAAUCCCAUAAAAAAGGAGUAUAAGGUACUGUGCAUGUCGCUUAGUAGAACAUACCCUAAAAUCUCUGAGGAGCAUCAAGUUUUGACGUUAGGAACAGGAAAACUGUUUUGGAGAAUGAUUGAGUGUUCCCUACAACGAUGCCCUGAGAGUGGUGGGAUAUGUAUCAAUGGAGUGUUGUAUUAUUCAGCCUAUCAAGACAACUGUGGGAGAACUACAAGUCUUGGUUUGAUGGUUCUAGAUGAUGCUGAACAACAUAAAUGGUCGAAGAAAACCUACAUAUUGCCGCCCUUUUGGAAAAAUCUUGGUGUGGAUACCAGGUUAAAUGUUGUCGGGAUGACCAGUGACAGUGAAAUUGCGUUUUCACCCUCCAUUCUUUCUGAUCCUUUCUAUAUUUUCUACUACGAUGCGGAGAGAAACACCACCGUGAAAGUUAGGGUCCAGGGAAUUGAUUUUGUUAAGAAUCAAUACAUUUACACCUUCAUAGACCACGCUGAGGAUGUAAAGCCUAUGCAAGUGCUAGGCUUUUAA